GCUAAACGUUUCAGUUGUGAGCGAAGUUUUAACGGAAACGGAUCGGAUUGUCGUCUUUAUUACGGGAUUUAUCGAAGGAGAAUAUAAUCAGCAGUCAUACGGCGGCCGUUGGACAUAUCCGUUUUAAACCGACUAAAAUAAGCAGUGUUAAUAUAAGAAGAAGUGUUUUUUUAAUUAAUUUCUAAAUAAAAAAGAAAAAAUAACCCACAAUCACAAUGACGGAACACAGAGAAGAAAAUGGUGAAGAGUUUGAGGCUUUGCGCAAAAGUCGAGUACCCCGUGUGGUGAGUGGCAUGAAUCGACCCUACCAGCCAAAGCCAUUGGGAGAACAAACACGGGCCGUGAGACGUCAAGCUAUUAUGGUGAUAUUAGGUAAUUUGGGUGUACUAUCGACCGGUCUGGGUCUAGGCUUACCCACCAUUACAAAUGGGCCGAUGAAAGAUACCAGUGCCCCAGCAUAUUUAAAUGAUUCCGAAUUUUCAUGGUUUGCUUCUAUAAAUUUAUUUUUCGGUCCUGUGGGUGGCCUUCUAUCCGGCUUGCUAUUGGACAAAUUGGGUCGCAAACGUACCAUGUAUGUGCUGAAUGUUUUGGGUUUGAUUUCAUGGAUUCUAAUGGCCACGGCGAGUCACGACAAUCAAUAUGCCAUGUUUAUGCAGCUGAUGGUGGCCAGAUGUAUUCAAGGUAUUGGUAUGGGUCUAUCAAGUGCCCCCGUCGGAGUCUACUCGGCUGAGAUAAGUACGCCCAAAAUAAGAGGUCGUUUAAUUUUGGGUACCUCCAUUUCGGUGGCUGGUGGUAUAACUGUCAUUUACAUUUUGGGUUAUUUCAUACGCGACGAUUGGCGUUUGAUUUCCAUGAUCUGCUGUGCCUUCCAAUUGAUUGCCUUGUUGUGUGUCAUACCCAUGCCAGAAUCACCCAAUUGGUUGUUGACCAAAUCCCGUUUGGCUGAGGCCAGGAAAUCAUUGAACUACUUCCGUGGCUUGGAGAAGAAACCUGUCAUAACCCAUCCCGAGGUAUUGUCCGAAUUCAAUUUGCUGCAGAAGAACAUUCAAUUGGCCGAGGGUGAAAAGAAACCAUCAUUUUUGAAAUCUUUGAAACUUCCCGAAGUCUAUAAACCGAUUUUGAUCCUGAUGGGCAUGUUCACCUUCCAACAGAUCACGGGUAUUUUUGUUGUCAUUGUCUAUGCCGUACAAAUUGCCAUGGAAGCUGGUGUGACCAUUGAUCCCUUCAUGUGUGCCAUUAUGAUUGGUGUGGCCCGUGUGGUGACCACCUGUCCCAUGGCCUAUAUUCUCGAGAAAUGGGGUCGUCGUCGUUCGGGUCUGAUAUCCGCCUUGGGUAUGGGUGUCUGCAUGGCCGUAUUGGCUUGCCACAAACAUCUCACUUCUGUGCCAUAUUUACCGGUUGUGACCAUUGUUGCUUUUAUUGUCCUCAGCACUUUGGGUCUGUACACUCUGCCCUUCUUCAUGAUAUCUGAAGUGUUCCCCCAAAAGGUGAGGGGACCAGCCUCGGGUCUUACGGUGGCCUAUGGUACAUUUAUUUCAUUUGUUGUCACCAAAACCUAUCCCUCCAUGAAGGCCGCCAUUGGCAAUGAGUACUGUUUUGUGACCUAUGCCAUUCUCUCGUUUGUGGGAGCCGUUUUCAUUUAUUCCUUUCUGCCGGAAACUCGUGGCCGUACCCUCUUGGAAAUUGAGGAGGAAUUCCGUACUGGCAAAAAGAAACCCGCCGAACCUGUGGAAAUGGAGGAGAUCUAUGUGAAAUAGAGGAACCAAGUACUGUAACCGUUGAUCGGAGGAUAGCCUCAUGUACACGCCGCGUGCGAAUUUGGGGAUCAUUUUUAAAAGACAUACUCACGCUAAUUUAUGUAAUUAUAGUUUGUAUGUUUUUCUUACUUUUACUUAAUUAAUGUUAAGAAAACUGUGAUAAGACUGGUUUAGCUUCAGAUGUUAACAAAAUAAUUCAAAUGUUUUUAGACGAAUUUAUAACUUUUUUUUAAAUGAAUUGAUAUAACGAUGUUCAAAUGCAUGUGGAAAUAAAAUUAAAUAGAGAAUAAAUUAA